AUGGGCUGCGACCCCACGAGCAACUCUCACUUUGGAUCGCAGGCGCUCUCGACACAGCAGUGCCCUGCUCACGAAGCAUGGCACAGCGUCCUUGCCAGCUCCGGCGAGAGCGAUGCCAGCGAAUACCCCCGGACCACGGCAGCUCUCCCUCGGUGCAAACACGGCAUCGGGCUGGGCACCGGCAAGUGGUUGGAGCAGGGAGUCGCCCACAACAGGAGUGAAAAACCCGCCUACCCCGUCUCGCCAGGCCCGGCAUUUACAAGUUUUUUCCUCAAGAGUGCUGCCCGCCCCGCCAAUCCGGGCCCUGCGGGGCUGGGGGGCUCCGGCAGCGGCUUUAAAAGCGGAGCCCUUUGUGCGCCGGAGCCCGCCGGAGCCCCGCACCGGCAGCUGCCGGGGCCGGACCGGGAUGUGCCGUGCCGUGCCGUGCCGUGCCGUGCCGUGCCGUGCCGUGCCGUGCCGUGCCGUGCCGUGCCGCCGGCAGCCGCCGCCGCCGCCGGGAGGAGCCCUGGACCUCGCUGCACCGGGACCCGAGCAUCCCCCUCGGCAGCCAGCGCUGCUGAGGCGGGACCUGCCUGCAUCCCUCCAGCCCCCAGCUCAGCCCUGCCCCACCUCUGCAUUUUGGCGAAAGCUCUGCUGCAGUCCCAAAGCUGUGCCGUGUCCUUGGAAGCAGAAAGGUUUCCUCCUGGGGUGAGCAGUGGUGGCUGGAGCCGGCUAACAGCACCACAGGCACUGGAUGUGGGCUGGCAUUUCCCAUCCUUGUCCCUGACUCCCCAGCCCCUGCACUGGGCUGGGAGGGGAUGCACUGGUGGCUCAGGCUGGAGCUGGGAGACUGGGGAGUGGGUUCGGGUACGUGGUGGUGAGUUAUUCCCCCGGGCUUGCUCUUUGCUCCUGGCUUCGCAGGAGUUCUGGGAAAGCGUCAGGCUUGACUGGGAAGGGCGAGGGGCCUGGACCUUUGCCCCGUGGGAAGUCACCCAGCGAACCGUUGGUGAACUUGGAUGCCAUCGCGGCACUUCUGUGCCAAAGCCACCAGCCUUGCGUGAGCAGAGGACGGAGAAGACAUCGGUCACAGCCACCCAUGGAGCCACCGUUCCUCACCCCUGUUGUUAGAGGGACGCUACUGCCCAGAUUGCUGCCUGGAGCGUGACCAAGCAGCCACACAGCGGCUGACUUCUCUGGCUCCAAGAUGCUGUGGUGGUGCCUAAUGAGAGCCUUGGCAGGGAUCCUUCCAACAUGGCAUUGCUGUGGCACCUGGGCACUGGCUGGUCCUAGUUCCCGUAUCUGGGCAGGGCUGGGCACUGAGUGUCCCCCUGCUCCCAGGCUUGACCUCCGGGAAUGGCACAGCCUUGUGGUCUCCACACUGGUUCUGCAACCUCUGUCAGCACAGCCACGACCUACGGCUGUUGUGGGAAGGGGCUGGGAGCAAUGUGCAGUGGUGACAGGGUGGGGGGUGGGCUGGUGGUGGGACAGUGUAGGUGCAGUUUUGGGAAAGGACCAAUACUGGCUGUUCUAUGCUCAAUCUCUGUUCCCAGGGUCCUUCCAUGUAAGGCUUCAUAACAGCCUCGAGUCACAGUGGGACUGCUGCAGGGCCCGGAUGGAGGGGACUCCCCUUUGCCCUGGAAAAGUGGCACUGGCUGCAAGCAUGAAAUGUCUAAGGAUGUGGUCCUGCCCCUUGGCAGCAGCAGAGGAUGAUGUCCUUGCCCAGGAGUGCCAGAGAAACACCACAGCCCCACACAUCCCCCUCACAGGAGGGACAUGGGAGUGACAGCUCUGAGUGACAGCCACCACCAAGCACAGCAGUGUGGCCAGCUCGGCAGCAUGCCUCUUUCCUGCAGACCAAGCCACAGGUGAGUGGGAUGUCACCUACCAAACACUGGGGAGCAGAGCCCAGACCUCAAAGCAGUCUCUGCUAUGGUGGGAGGGGACAAGCCUGGCCAGAGCCUGGCAUGGCAUGGGGAAAAAAAUUAGUCACAGCAGCUGAAGGUCUCCAUUACCACACACUCUGCCCCAGUGCCUGCUGGAAGUUCCCUGACAGCCAGAUUUCCUCUGGCACAGGCGAAGCACUGGGGGUAAAUGCCCUUGUGCCAGGAAGAUGGGAAUCCCAGCAGGAUGGGAUGUGAACAGCCCCCAGGCUGUUACCUGCAGCAGAAAUGCCCUGUAAUGAUCCUGAAAGCACCUUUGGGUGACAGAGGCCAGGUGCCUGUGACACAGACUGGCAAAACUGUUGCUCCAGUGGGACACAGUAACUGUUUUUGCUCCUCCAGUAUGGUGCAAAGGCUGAUUCCCUCUGCCCCUCUCUGGGCCCUGGCUCCUGCUGCUGCCAUUUGUCCCUGUGCCCUCUUUCCCAGCUGCCUUCCCGUGCUGCAGGGAGGCAGAGCACAGAUGAAAAUAGACCUACUGCGUCCCCCCUUCCUGCCUGUUUGCUUCCUCCCCUCCUGGCUUUGCCUUUCAGUACAGCUUCCCAGGAAAAUAAAGGUCACACCCUCACACUUUGCCUAUAUAUACACACACAAACACACACACACACACACACACACACAAACAUACACUCUCUCACACACACACACUCUCACACAAACACACAAACACACACACACUCUCACACAAACACAUACACACAAACACACACUCACACACACACGUGUGUGUGUGGCUGGCGUUCUUCUAAUAAACUUUGACCAUAUUUCCA